CAGACUAUCCUUUGUGUCGUUCACAUCGUUCCCAGCUCUCACAUCGACCGCUCACAGCCCUCGUUCUUCACCAACGUUCACCACACCUAAAGGCACCGGCGACCCUCCUCCGAUCUCCGCUCCAGACCAUCGCUGCCGGCGCCGGCUGCUACUCUAUCUCUGAUCUGGCAAAUGUUGGGAUGUUAUCCAGUUUUGGGGAUGUUCAACCACAAAUUUAUAGCAGGAUGGCGCAAGAGUUUGUCUAUCUCCAUUCUCUCCUCAAAUUCUUCUAAUAAUCAUAAUCUUGCUUUCUACUCCAAAUCAAUCAAACCCAAAAUUCUUCUUACGACUACGAGCGAGCUCAACCGGGACUCUCCUUUGAUUGGUCUAGAGUGCGUGAUGAUGGACUAUAUUUUUGGGAAGAAGAAGGCCACACAAGUUGCUCACUCUGUUUGGGAACAUGUUGUCAAGAAAGGGGAUGCAGUUGUGGAUGCCACUUGUGGAAAUGGUUACGAUACCUUGGCGAUGGUGAAUAUGGUGGCUGAUAAGUCACGUGUUGGCCGUGUUUAUGCAAUGGACAUUCAAGAAACCGCAAUAAAGAAUACCAUGUCUUUGUUGGAUAGAUCGCUUCAUCCUAAUGAGAAAGAAAUGGUACAGCUAUAUGCUACCUGUCAUAGCGAAAUGGAACAAGUUGUUCCAAGGAGUGCUACAGUGAGGGUAGUUGCAUUCAACUUGGGAUAUCUUCCGGGAGGUGACAAAACAAUGAUUACUAAACCAGAAACAACACUAUUAGGAAUGGAGGCUGCAACCAGAAUAGUUGUAGCAGGAGGUGUUAUCAGCAUGCUAGUUUAUGUGGGGCAUCCUGGUGGCAUGGAAGAAUAUGAGAUGGUGGAAGCCUUCGCUUCUGGAUUGCCAGUCGAUACCUGGAUAUGCUGCAAGCUUCAAAUGUUGAACCGCCCGUUGGCUCCCAUACUCUUUCUCUUAUGUAAGAGGUAAAACACAAAGGACCUUUUUUUUUUUCUUUUUUUUUUCUUUUUUUUUUUUUUUUCUCUAGAUAGACUAGCACCUGAAAAUGGAUGGGGAAGGGUGGUAACACCAAUUCCAACGAGGAAGAUGAAAGGGUUGUGUGGAUGGUAGACAUAUAGAUGAGAAUAGGGUAAGGAGUUUUUGGUCAUUUUGUUUCUUGUUCCACCAUCUUGGGUGGGACUAAAUUUUGGAGAAUUAGUCCCAUUGGACUUGGUCAACAACCCGUCUUGUUCAAGUCUCAUUUAUGCCAAACACCUAUUGAAAAAACUUUGGUUUAUUCAA